AUGGCAUCGGGAUACGCUCCAUACGACAGCCCGCCACGACACCGACAUUCUCUCUCAGAUGCCACCGACACUACCCUGCAUCAGUACCCCCCUCCGGCGUUCGACACUCUCAGUUCAGCAGCAGCGUCAACAGUGACAAUAACUCCCAAAGAUGGAGGCCGUGACCUAAAUCGCACGCCAAGUCCGACGCCGAGCGAAGCCAGGGAGCUCAAAACAGGCGCCAUUGACUGGAAAUCACUGACGAAGUGGAGGUUCUGGAUACGAAGGGAGUGGGCUUGGUAUUAUGUUGCGAUCAUCAUCAUUGUCGUAAUUACGGCGCUCGUCUCCAUCUACCACAAGGAAAUUGUGCAUGCGUUACGGCCAGCGGCGGACUGGCUUCACAAAGUACCUUGCGGCUGGCUCGUCCCUAUCGGCAUCCUUUUCAUCAUCUCCUUCCCUCCACUUUUUGGCCAUGAGAUCGUCGCAAUCCUUUGUGGAUUAGUCUGGGGUCUAUGGAUCGGCUUCGGCAUCGUUGCUGCUGGAACCUUUAUUGGUGAAGUAGGCAACUUCUACGCCUUCAAAUAUUGCUGCCGUUCCCGCGGCGAAAAGCUUGAGCGAACGCAGAUUAGCUAUGCAUGUCUAGCGAAGGUCGUUAGAGAUGGUGGAUUCAAGAUUGCAUUAGUAGCAAGAUUAAGCGCCAUCCCGGGACACUUCACCACCGCUGUAUUCUCCACUUGCGGCAUGGGAAUUUUUACAUUCUCUCUGGCCGCGAUACUAUCACUACCAAAGCAGUUUGUCACCGUUUAUCUCGGUGUCAUUCUCGAGCAAUCUGAAUCAGGUGAAUCAACGAGCACCAGCAAACUGAUCUCCAAUAUUGUGCUGGCGAUCACCAUCUUGAUCACCAUCGCCGCGAUGUGGUACAUCCUUCGGCAGAUGAACAAAGUCAAGCCGGAAAUCAUUUACGCAAGGCGCAAGGCAAGGCAAGCGAAACUUGCCAGAGCUCAUCUGUCGGACACGGCAUCUGAGGCGACACUCUCUGGGUCCGAUUCUGAACUCCCAUUGAACUCGAAACCGACCUUGUUCGCUCCGCAACCCCAGCGAAUGUCACCUUACACCUCUCAGUUCGACGCUCGUCCACGAGACGAAGAAUCUGGGGAACACUAUCCUCGCUCGCAAGCUCACUGGAACAGAAGAGAAGGCGGCAGAGACGUGCUCAGCAUCGUCAGAGAGGACAGUGGCGAAGAGGCUGGUUGGGAUAUGGGCAUAAACAAUGCACACGCGCCUGUGUACGCCAAACUUCCUCCAGGAGUGCCAGACGAGCCAGAGUCACUUUCCAAUAACCCCUACCUGGCCAGGGCGCCGCCGACAGAUCCCCACCAGACUCACCAAAGGCACGAGUCGGGCAUGUCCCAUGUCAUCACCUUCGACCCAGACGCUGUUACAGUCUCUUCUGCCCCCCACACUCCCGAUAUCACAUUACCCACACCGCCAUACUCCCAGCAAACAUUCACUCCCUUGGCGUACCCGACUGAUGCACAUAACGAUAGAAUAUCACCAUUCCGCGACCCAAUACCCCCUCCUCCAAAAUCACCGCACUCAAAUGUGCUGACAAGUCGCUCGACGCCUAAUUUAAUCACAAUGCCAGAUACGCACCAAGAGUCUAUGUUCCCGCAGAGCCAGAGUACGGGAAACACGCCGGAGCUAGCGUACCACGUUCCGAGCGCCGCGACUCGCGGAGGCAACCCAUACUCCAGGUCAGCUCAGGAGCAGCCCCCUCGAUACGAUCUCCAAAGUAGCGGGCAUAAUCUGGAGUCUACCGAUGCUACUUUCCACACUGCGUGGGGCAGCAGCCACUCUAGAGAUGGGUCGGGCUUGCUAUAG